AGGCGGAUGCUCCGGCUGGUCGAGUCGGUUCUCUCCAUCUCGCGCUACACAGACGCGGUGGACGCGCCGCGGCUCGCGGGCUCCGCCAAGCGGAGGCAGCUGCAGAUGCGCGAGUUCGACUCCGUCUUCACCGCGAUCGUCCUCUGCUGCGACUACGUCAAGGGGCAGGAGCUGGCGGCGCGACAGACCUCGAGCCGCGACUACGGGGUGCUCCUCCAGACCAUCUUCGAGACGGCGCGCCGCUACAAGAUCAUCAACCCCGAGAAGAUGGGCGACACGUACGCGAAGCUCGUCUACCUUCUCCAGGACGCAGCCGCGCCGUGGGCAGAGGAGCACCUCGAGUUCUCGCCCGUGGCGCCCGUCCGGACCGUGCACGCGAGGCUCGAGGAGCUCGGCGCCGCCGACAUGCUCUCCGACCCGCUCAUCGCGACCGCGACGCAGACCAUCGCGCCGGAGCCGGGCAAGGCGCGCUACACGAUCGAGCGCGAGAUCAAGGCGAAGGAGCGCGCCAUCGAGACGCUCGCCGCGCGAUACCGCGGCGCCGCCUGCGAGCCGGACGAGCUGCGGCGCUGCAUCUACUCGAUCGGAGACAACCACGCCUACCUCUACCAGGCCCGCGACCCAGUCGACCGCGUCAUCUCGCUGCUCCUCUCCCACUUCGGCGGCGAGGGCGGCGCGGGCGAGGGCGGCGCGGGCGAGGGCGGCGCGGGCGGCGGCUCUCUCGCGAUCGAGCUCGGGCGGGAGGGGGCUCGGCUCACGCACUCGCACGCGCGGCAGCACGCUUUUGUGCUGCAGACGCUCACGCUGUGGCGCGAGAUUGCGAACGACAUGUUCCGGCUGUGGCACCUCGCCGAGCAGGACCUGCUCGACCCGAGCAACCCGUACGAGCAGCGCGACACGGGGCAGGGGCUGCAGCGCGUGCAGGAGGCGCCGCGCACUCGCGCCGCGCUGCUCGAGCUGCUGCGCGCGACGCAGCUCAAGGCGAGCGGAGGGUGGGUGGGCUCGUCGCUGGUGCACCUGGGCGACUCGAACGUCCCAAACGCGCUGCUCUUCAUCGACAAGUACUCGCAGGUGGAGCACAUCCUCAACCCGCUCCUCGCCACCCUCGACGCGCUCCCGAAGCUGCACGCCGACGACCAAAAGAUCGGCGCCUGGAUCGACGCGACCUUUGGCGGCGUGCGCGCGCUCACGCGCGCCAUCCUGCGCGACUUCUUCCGCUUCGCCUUUGACGGCUCGGGCGGCGACAACUUUUUCGACGCCGGGUCCUGCAUCGACGGCCGACUCACGUCGGCGUGGAACUGGUGCUCGCAGCUGCCGGAGAAGCCCUUCUACAUCGUCUUCACCCUGGCCGGCUUCACCUCGUUUGACGGAAGCCUUGGCGGGAGCUGA